AUGGAUUCUCGGUGUCGCUGGCGUGUGGGGACCCAGCUCAGCCCCUGCCCGGGUUCGGUGUGCCUCCGUGAACCCCUCCGCCCGCGCUCCCCGCGGACGCGGAAGAGGCCCCGCGGGAAGUCCCGGGUGAAGCCCGCGCGCAGCCUCCAGGGGACCGCGGGGGUGCGCGCACGGGGUGGGAGGGAAGUGACGGGAGCGCCCUGUGCUCCGCUGGGGCCGGGGCCGCCGGGCUUCCUGGGCGCAGACCGGGUUCCCCGAGGACGCACCCGAGGCGGUGAGGCGGCGGCCGCUGGGAAACGGGGGAGAGGCCGCCGCCUGCCGUCCGCGGGGCCUCCAGAGCAGCGCGCGCCCCACGGGACCCCUGCGCCCCAGAGGUGCCGGGACGUGCCUCUGCUUCCAGGGCCCGGAGGCAACAAGAAACAGGGGUUCCGGCAGACGCGCUCCUGCCUCACCUCUGCCAGGCAACGCGCCCAGCCCCGGGGCCGCGCCCUCGGAGCGCCUCCUGCGGCCGAUCCAGCCGCUCCCGCCGCCCGCACGGGGCCCGGGGGCUGCUCCAUCUCGGGGGCUGCUCCAUCCCCGGGGCGGCCUCCCCUGCAGCCAGGUUGUCUCUCCUCCCGCUGGGCCUUUCCUCGGGUGGCAGUGGCCGGUGCCCACCCCCGUGCAGGUCCCGCCCAGGCUACCUGUGUCCCGGCCCCCUGCCCGCCCCACGCCGUCCCCUGCUCCUUCCACACCCGCCUCCAGCCGCGCGCUUCCCGCCUCUGGCCACGGCCCAGCCGGAGCCCCUGCCAGGCCUCAACCCCAGGCCCCGCCCAGCUCACCUGUGUCUCCGCCCUGCCUCAGGCAGGAGCCCCUUCCCCUACAGCUCUUUCCCUGCACGCCCCGUGGGACCCACCUGCAGGCCACGUGCUCUUAAGGUUCCUGGAGACCGCGUCUCGCCACCUGCUUGACCCGAGCUCGCUGCGGGCCGGUCCUGGGGAGGCUGCGGCAUCCCGGAACCUGCAGAGCGCCCUGCACACAAAAACGACUCCUGUCAACUCGCACUCGCUGGAGAGACACGGGCUGCUGGCGGUAUGGACAGAGAGUCCGGAGAAGCAGGUUUCCGAGAGAACAGGCCCAGAAGCGGCUUCAAGCAUCCUGAGGGCAGGAGCCAGCGGGGAGGAACCGGUCCCCCAGCCUGCUUUGCGCUUUAUUCCAGCAGGGAGACUGCGAUUGGCCCAGCCGGGGUCACAUGACCGCCCUGCACGAGGGGUGGGCGGGGCACCUUGA